AAUGAAAAAAGUGUUUGAUACAGUCUUGUGACUUGAAUCUUGAGUUAAGUCUUGGUGAUCUAUGACCACAAAAGAUAUUUUAAAAUGGGUCCAAAGUGAAGAAGAGAUUGAGAACCCUAUGAAAUUUAUAGGCUCACCAGAAGUCAACAUAAGACUUGAAAGAAUGUACACACAUGCAAUAGCAAGAAGAUAGGAGGAAAUGAAAGUUGUUUUGUUGUUGUUUAUUCGUUCAGUCGCUUACAACUCUUCAUGGCCUCAUGAACCAGCCCACGCCAGAGCUUCUGGUUGGGUGUCACCACCCACAGCUCCUUCAAGAUCAAGCCAGUCAUUUCAAGUUGUUAUCAUUUUAUAUGUCCGGUUCUAGAAUAAGAAAAGAGUCACUUUGGUCUCUUUUGUUUUUGCAGGUCUUUCUAUAAACAUGGACUGAAAUGCUUACUUAUGCUCUACACAGAUGCAUAUCCAACCAUAAAUGGAAGUACUGGGAUUAGACCUUCAAUUGACAUUUCAAAUCUAAAUGGAAAAAUGAUCAACAUUGUUAUUGUUCUAGUCUGCCUUUUGGGAAUUCUUGGAAAUGGAAGGGUCAUUUGGGUUCUUGGCUUCAGCAUUAAAAGGAAUUCUUUUACAACCUACGUCAUGAAUCUUUCCAUUGCUGAUUUUGGGGUCCUCACCUGCCUGCUUGGCAUUGCUUCUAUUCAAUUUGUAUUGAAUUCAUCUAGUGGAAUCCUUGCUAUCUUUCUCUAUAUUUCAAUAACCACUGAGCUACUUUUCCUCACUUUUUUUUCCAGCCAGUUUCUGUUGACAGUCAUAAGCAUUGACAGGUGUGUGGCUGUUUUCUUUCCAAUUUGGCAUCGAUGCCACCGGCCCCCAUAUUUAUCCACUGUUGUUUGUGCCAUAGUUUGGGUAGUUUCUUUCCUGCUCUCUGGAAUUCGUUUUACUCUCAUCUACAUUUUUUGCUCACGACAUAUAAUAUUCGUCCUUGAGGUGAUUGGUCUGCUUUGCCCCCCUCUCAUGAUCAUUUCCACUCUGACUCUGUUCAUCAAAGUCUGCUGUAAACUGAAGCAAUACCAGCAAGGAAAGCUUGUUACAACUGUUUUGCUUACACUCCUCUGUUUUUUAAUGCUUAUUGUGCCUGAUAUAAUCUAUAAACUGGAUCCUAAUUUUCAUGUUGCUCUCCUGUCUUGGAUUGCUAUUGCCUGUGCUUCUGUGAAUAGUAGCAUCAACCCAUUGAUCUAUUUCUUAGUCGGGAGGAGGCAAAAGAAGGGUCGGGCCAAAGUCUCCAUGAAGGUUGCACUUGAGAGGGUUUUCAAGGAUGAGCAAGAUGUUGUGGAAGAAGAAACGCCUAUGGAAGAAAUCCAUGUAUAAGGUGCAAAAGUGGUUUUCUUUUUUUGAAAAAAAUAUUUUGUAUUAAUACUUUUUUGAAAAUUUAUAACACAAGUACUGGAAAAUAAAAUUAAAUAUUGGUUUCUGAGGAGAAAAUGCAACUAUUUUAAAAUGACCUUUUUAUUAUUAAUUCUGAAGGAUAACAAGUAAUUUCAGCAGUUUUCUUCCUGCUACUAGAAAGCUGAGUCCAUUUUCAAAAACUUUUCAGAAUUUGGGACUGCUCAAUAUUUGUUUAUAGUUUUCACAAAAAACAGCAUUUGUGCAUGAAUUGUAAGAUCUCAAUGCUAGUAUUGUUAUUG